GCAUAAUAGUCAGAAGGCACGUUGCAGAUUUCAGAACCGGCUUUCAGCAGUUGUUUUCAGCAGAUCCCUUUUCUUUUAAUUCACAAAACGCGUGUAUUUAAGUUGGUUACAAAUUAUGGGAAAACCAAGAAAAACAAAAAAGAAGUUUGACUAUGGCAAAAAUCGCAAAAGACAAUGGAAAAAAGCAAAGCAAUUGCCACGAGUUAAUUGCAAUGAAAUUAGAGGGGCUUGGGAUAGUAAAAGAUCUGUGCUUCAGAAUAUGAGUGAUAUGGGAAUCUCCUAUGAUCCUAACAAAACAAUCCCUGUUCCUAAAACAAAGACUGCUAUAAACCCAGAUGAGAUACCCAAAGAAACAUUCCAGUUAGAGGGACAACACCAGAAGAGACAAGUAGUUCAAGCUCUGGAAGAGCAGGCAUCCAUACCACAGCCCAGAAAAGUUAGGUUAUCACAACCAGAAGUUAAAUAUUGUAUUUAUAUGAUGGAAAAAUAUGGAGAGGAUUACAAGGCCAUGGCGAAGGACGAAAAAAAUUAUUACCAAGAAACGCCCAAACAAAUAAGAAGAAAGAUCAGGACAUUUAUGAGUAUUCCGGAACAAUAUAAUAUCUACCUUAAAUCAAAAUAAUUAAAAUCUGAUAUAGCAACUCAUGAUAGCUGAUGGACAAAGGAAAAGAUAAAUGGGGAUUACUGGCUUCAUCAUCAGAAAUAAAACUUUUUUAAUGUGUAAUGUA